UUUUGUUCAGCUGAAUUAAUUUUGUGUUGCUAGUUUCAAUAUUACAGUAAAUUGAUUUAUUAUUCACUUCAUAGGUUUUUAUACUCGUACUCUUUUUAACUGGCUCAGUGCUCUGACAUUCACGUAUCUCCAACAAAAACACCACGGUUCUCAAUGACCAGCUCACCCAGACAAGCUAGCCACCCAACUCAUCCGCUGCAGAUUCGGUUCACUACACAGCAAGCAAAAGCUUAUGCCACCACGUUGGCCGAUCUCCUGCGAACUAUCAUUUCAUCCAACGAGUUUCGGGACGGUCCGAGUGCGCUGCAUCAUUUAUUAGCCGUUCUGCGUCCCCUCGUCAUAGCGGUCGGAGCCAUUUCACAGCCACCUUCAACAUCACCACCRCUCAAAAUCAAAGACGACACUACUACUACGACGGCAAUGUCAACGACUCCAUCCCCCAUGAUAACCACUCGUCCACCGGCCGUCCARGAAUCAUCCAAAAAACUGAUGUCCCUAUUUGUCCCAAUGUAUGCCCUCCCAUCGACGACCACAUCGCGACCGUUWACUUUUAUGUUACCAAAACUAUUUAGAAAGGUUGAUUCGUAGUGCGUAUUGAUAAAAAAAAGUUUAAAAAUGCGAUUCGUUUAUCUAUUAGUAAAAUUAUUUUCAAAAAAAUAUAGGUAUUUUUGUUUAUUUUUUAUUGAAUGUUUUACUAUUUUUAUUUUUUAAGGUGCACUACAACGUUUUACAAACUAGUUGGUAAUUAAUAACAUGCAAUGUUUCUAACAAUUACUGUAUUAUUUUAGUUAAAUAAUAUUUUGAUAGUGCACCAUAAUGUUAUGUACGUACCAAAUUAUUACCAAAAUGUAUGUUUUGUUUAGCUUUAACUAGAUCAAAUGGAAACUGGUCACUUAGAACUUAUUCAGUAUAAUUAAAUCAUUAUUUAAUUUUCA